AUGAACAAAUUAUAUGGUAAAUCUACUCCAUCAACACCUCGUUCUUUGAAAAGUCCAAGAAGUCCAAGAAAGAAAUUUUCAUCACCUGAAUUACAGGAAGAAUUAUUGAAGUACAUGGAAAAGUAUCGAAUGAUUGGUGAUAACUUUGUUUGGUUAUCUGGAUUGUUAUCUACUUUUCAAAUAAAAUUUAGUGAUUAUUCUCAAAAAAAACUCAUCAGAUUAUAUAUUAGUAUCUUUUCAGCUGAUCCUAGCAUAACUGAUGGAGUUAGUGUUUUAUUGUCAUAUGACACAUCGAAUAAAAAAUCACGAAGUAUUCAACUAAUAAAAAAUUUUCUCUUUAUUGGAAAAGAAGAAACAAAAGAAAUUGAUCAUGUCAUUUAUUUAACUAAACCUCGUCUUAUUCUCAUUAAUGAAACAACCAUCAGUUUUGAUAACAUUACUAUUGAUUUUAAAGAUCGGGAUGUGUGUGUUAAGUGGAUUGAUGAUUUAACAAAUUUACAGCCAUGGUAUGUUACAGUCCCACGAACUAUCAUUCGAAAAGAUGAUGCUUCUUUAAUAAUGUUUAAUCCACCUCAUAUUACUAUAGUUGGUGGAGAUAGAAAUCGUUCAAGUAAUGAUUUAGUGAAGUCACAAGGUUCAUUAACGGCAUUAAUUCAAAAACCUGUAUCAACACCAAACAAUGGAUUAUCUCCACGGUCUAAAGGAUUUCUUUCAAAAGGGUUUAUCAAUCGACUAAGUGGUAAAAGUAAAACAACAAAAAUAAUAAAAGUAGUAGGUGUUUCAUUAGAAGUACUAAGCACAGAAAAUAACAUAAUCACAUUACCACCAAAUAUUAGUUUAUUAAUUCAAUAUCUCAAAAAAUAUGCUAUUACUAUCGAAGGUAUCUUUAGAGUGUCUGGAAGUAAGGAACAUAUUCAAAAGGUAGUAGAAAAACUCGACACAAAAAUUAUUACGUUUGAAUGUCUUACUAACUUUGAUAUUCAUUCUGUUGCUGGAGCAUUGAAAUUAUAUAUUAAAUCAUUACCAGAACAAGUUAUUCCAAAGUCCAUUGAUGACAGAUUAUACGAAUUAUGGAAACAAAAAGAUACUUUACAAGAAGAUGACUUAUUCCUCCAAUUUUAUGAAAUUUACAAAGAUAUUCCUCCUAUGACAUUUAACUUUCUUAAUGAAUUACUUGGUCUUCUUCAUUCAAUUGCAAUGAAUAAAGAAAUUACUAAAAUGAAUAUCGAAAAUUGUGUGACUUGUUUGGCUCCAUCACUUCGAGGCUAUCCUUUUGUAUAUACCUAUUCAAUUCAACAUUACUCUCAACUCUUCCAACAAAAACCAAAAGAUUCAAAAUAA